AUGCCAAUACGAGAAUAUCCCCAAUUGACCUUCGGAACAACCCCGGGACUAGGAUCCAAAGACAUGGAAAAGACACUCUCUCCUACGAAGAAACAGCGAGGCGGUACAAGGAAGGCUUGCAACGAGUGUAAACAGCAGAAGCUUCGGUGUGAUAUCGUCCAAACCCCCGCGGACGCCUGCUCGCGUUGUAAAGGACUCCAGAUUGAAUGCAAGGUUGAACCUUCUUUCACGCGUGUCUCAAAAAGAAGGCGAAAUGCUGAAAUGGAGCGCGAGAUUGCAGGGCUCCGUCGACGGCUUGCCACUAAUACCGAUCAUCAUGGCCAUGCCGUCAAAGGUAACGUCGGUGGUGAUGUGUCCCAGCCUGCAGGGAGCGCAAUCUGGAAUCCAGCAGCUGCGACACUGAAUCAAGGGGAGAUUAUGUCUACUAGUCUUAAACCACAGGUCUUAGCUACUCCCUUAGCUAUGUAUAGCGAUAGAUCUGACUUGUUUCAGGAGGAUACCAUGUGGAGACUGGAAGAUGUCUCUCUAUCCAAGCCAAGAGUGGCACGACUAUUUGAGCAGUUUUUCAAAUACUAUCAUCCAUUUCUUCCACUUUUAGACCCCCAAAAACCACCCGAGCAUUAUCUCUGCCGCUGUCCCUUACAAGCAUGGACGAUCAUUUGCGUCGCUAGCCGACGAGCUCCAGCAGAGCCAGGCCUCCUUGGCGCACUCACUGGUCCGUUUAGCAGACUUCUAUGGUCGACUAUCACCAGCGUGCCACAGGAUUACGCCAUUGUAAAGGCUCUCUGCCUUCUGUGCACCUGGCCCCUUCCCACAACUAGCCAGAGAAAGGAUGCUACCUUUAUGUUGUGCGGGCUGAUGAUGCAGAUUUCCAUGCAGUUGGGGUUGCAUCGCCCCGUUCAAGCAGAAGAGUUUACCACAUUUCGAAUAGGUCACAAGGAAGCUGUGAAGGAUCGGCUACAGACAUGGGUCGUCUGUAAUAUUGUAGCUCAAAAUAUUGCCACCGGGUACGGACAACCCCCAGGGACGAUAUAUGACUGGGCGCUUGAGCCAGCGUCACUCCAGGAUGCCGGUUACUAUCCUCCAGAAGAUCUGCGAACUCGUCUCCAGAUUGAAAGGUUCUGUGAUCGAAUCACCAGGUCUCUAUAUAACAGCAGGCCGGACGCGGCAGAGUUUAUUGGACCCGAGAGGCUUUUGAUAGUCCAGCUUUUGGAGAACGAACUUAGGGAUAUGGAACUUAGCUUUGGCAGGGAUGUCUCUCGUACGAUGCCUCUGAUUUUCCUGUCUUUAGCUCUCGUCAAACUGACUCGGAUAGACAUUAAUAAGAUUCAUCUCCGAGCCGCAGAGCUCCAUUUAAGAUACUUCAUAUUCCUAGGUUCAAACCCAAGACCUAACGACAUUACGAAGCUUUUUAUCGCAACCACCUCAUUCCUUAGCCAGGUACUGGACCUCGAAACAUCCCCAGGCCAACUUAUCAGCUACGCAACAAACUAUAUCCUGCAGAUGAUCAUCUCCGCCGCAUUCGGUCUAAUGAAACUACUCAAAAGUACCUUCCGGCAUCACAUUGACUUCGAAUACGGGAAGCUGUUGUUCAACGGCGCAAUAUCCGCCCUGAGAAGAAUCAGCGUCAUGGACCACGAUCGCCCCGUUCGACUUGCGGACGUACUUGCACAGAUGUGGAAUGCAGGUGAUCCCGAGCAAUCCGCCGAGGAAGAUAGUUUACAACUCAAAGUACGCUGUCGGAUGAGUAUGAGCCACGUCUACGACACUGUUUGGCGCUGGCGACACCGUUUCCGGCCCAGAAAGGACCCUUCAGAUGCUCAAGGCAUGUUCCUCCAGCGUCUAGUGUGUAUUACCUUGUGUUCUCCGACUAAUCUUGGUAUAGUAGCUACUACCGCUGAUCCGAAUGGAUCUGCGACCAUGAUCCCCGAUCAAUUCGAUGGAUCUAUAGACAAUUCUGCGCUGAUCUGUCCGCCUGAUUUUGGCCCAGGUGGUGCCUUCUUCAACGAGACUGGAUUCGCGGAAAUCUUCGAUUCCCUUAACUGGGUGUUUGAUGAGCUUCCUGAUCCUUUUACCGCUCCCCAGAUAAUGUAA